AUGGCUAUCAAAAACCUUGUUUCUGCCUUCAUCUUUCUUCUGGUUUUGGUUUUGCCCGCACACCUCGCAAAUGCCCAUUACUUGCAUCGAGAUUUCUACCGUGAGAAAUGUCCUCAAGCUGAGCACAUUGUUUACUACAUUACUUAUAAAUUCAUCUCCAAAAACCCUUCUCUUGCAGCUGCUUUGCUCAGGAUGCAUUUUCAUGAUUGUUUUGUUCGUGGAUGUGACGGGUCUGUACUUCUAACUUCUUCAAAAAAGAAUGCAGAAAGAGAUGCGAUUCCGAACCUCAGUUUGCGGGGAUUCGAAGUAAUUGAUACUGUAAAAUCUGCAUUAGAAAAGGCUUGUCCAAGAGUUGUUUCUUGUGCUGAUAUUCUUGCUUUAGUUGCUAGAGAUGCUGUUACCAUAAUCAAUGGCCCGCACUGGGAAGUCCCAACCGGACGACGAGACGGUAAAGUGUCAAUUAAAUCGGAGGCGCUAACAAACUUGCCGCCACCUUUCGCCAACAUAACAGUGCUCAAGCAAAUGUUUGCCGUCAAGGGUUUGAACGUCAAAGACCUGGCUGUCUUGUCCGGAGGCCACACCAUCGGAAUCUCUCACUGCGGAAGCUUCAGCAACCGCCUCUAUAACUUCACCGGCAAAGGCGAUACCGACCCAACUCUGGAUCCAAACUACGUCGUUCAGUUGAAGAAAAAGUGUAAGCCUGGAGACCAAAAUACCCUUGUGGAGAUGGACCCUGGUAGUGUCAAAACCUUCGACGUCAACUACUAUAAAGUCGUGGCUCAGAGACGAGGAUUGUUUCAGUCUGAUGCAGCACUUUUAAACGAUGUUGCGACCCAAGCUUACGUUAGGCUCCAGGCGCUUACUCGUGGACUCACUUUCGCCGGAGACUUUGCUGUGUCUAUGGAGAAAAUGGGAAAGAUUGGAGUGUUGACUGGUAAGGCUGGUGAAAUCAGGAAGAAAUGUGGUUUUGUGAAUUGA